AAAGUUCGAAAGCUUAUAAACCUUUAUUUCUUUCUUUUUUUUUUGUUAGUGAAAUUAUCAGAUUAGAGUUAAAGAACGGAAGAACAAAAGAACAAUUAGAAAUGAGUACUCAAGAAGAAAUGGAGGAGAGGCUAUUACGUGAAGGAUCAGAUGCUGAGGGUCAGAGCAAUAAUAGGGAGAGUAUCUAUUUGAGAACGAAGGUCUGGAGUGAAGUAAAUAAAAUGUGGAGAAUAGCAUUACCUUCUUCUUUGUUCCGAAUGACUUCGUUUGGGAGCAUCAUUGUGGCUCAAGCCUUCAUUGGUCACUCCUCUGAGUUGGGUCUAGCCGCUUACGCACUCCUCCAAAGCACAUUCAUCCGCUUCCUCUACGGUUUAAUGGGCGGUAUGUCAAGUGCAACGGAGACAUUAUGCGGGCAAGCAUACGGUGCGGAACAAUAUCACACAAUGGGGAUAUAUCUACAACGUUCAUGGAUCGUGGACAUGGCCGUGACCACUUUGUUUCUACCGUUUAUUGUACUUGCGGGUCCCAUUCUCCGUCUAUUAGGCCAAAACGUGGAGAUCACAAAGACCGUUGAUGAGAUAUAUCCUUGGAUGAUUCCGUAUGUAUAUAGCUUAAUUUUCACUAUGACUAUACAAAUGUACCUCCAAGCACAGAUGAGGAACGCUAUUGUAGGCGUUCUUUCGACAUUGUCCUUGGCUCUUGACCUCGUGGUCACAUGGUGGUGCGUGAGUGUUAUGGGUAUGGGCAUUGGUGGUGCUCUCCUCGGACUUAAUGUGGGCUCUUGGGCAAUGGUAUUAGCCGAGUUUGUGUACAUUUUUGGUGGAUGGUGUCCUUUUACUUGGACCGGAUUUAGUAUUGCUGCUUUUGUUGACCUAAUUCCUAUGCUCAAGCUUUCCAUUUCUUCAGGCUUCAUGAUCUGCUUAGAGUAUUGGUACAUGAGCAUCCUUGUCUUAAUGGCGGGGUAUACAAAAGAUGCGAAAAUCGCAAUCUCUGCUUUCUCAAUAUGCCAAUACAUAUAUACAUGGGAACUCAACAUAUGCCUUGGCUUCUUGGGUGCGGCAUGCGUCCGGGUGGCUAACGAGUUGGGGAAAGGAGAUGCACAUGCAGUGAGAUUUUCAAUAAAAGUGAUACUCACAAUAUCAACAUUGAUGGGAGUGAUAUUCUCAGCUCUAUGCUUAGCUUUUUGUGGUCGAAUUUCCUAUUUGUUUUCGAAUAGCGACGAGGUUUCGGAUGCAGUGAAUGAUUUAUCGGUGAUCCUUGCUGUUUCAAUCUUACUCAACAGCAUACAACCUAUACUCUCAGGUGUAGCAGUUGGGGCAGGGAUGCAGAGUAUAGUGGCAGUUGUGAACUUAGCCUCUUAUUAUGCAAUUGGUAUUCCUUUGGGUCUCAUCCUUACUUAUGUUUUCCAUCUUGGUGUUAAGGGACUAUGGUCUGGAAUGUUGGCUGGAAUUGCGAUCCAAACAAUAAUAUUAUGUUAUAUAAUUUACAAAACUGACUGGGAAUUAGAGGUUAAAAGGACAUGUGAACGUAUGAAAGUGUGGAGCCUGAAGCCAUCUAAUGAAGAGUCGAAUCCCAUAAUAAGAGAAGAAAGUAGGAGCAAGUGAGAACUGUUUCGAUAUUAUACGUCGUUAAUCUCUCGUAGUCUCGUAGCUAUAUGGUUUCUAACUAAACUUUGAUUUUCAACAAUAAUUAUUAUAUGUACCGCAAGGAGGUUUCGGAUCAUUGUUGACCAUGGAAUAAAUUUCUCCAUUUGGGAGAU